UUCGGGGCACACCCAUGUGUGUCAGGGGUUGACAAUGCAUGCCCUAUCGGCAUUCAUGUUUGAUAUUCAUUCAGUAAACUCGACGUCAACUGCAGACAACCUAAACGGAAAUAUUCAGCAUAUACAUAGCCUAUAGUGUUCACAUUUGACGAAUUGGGAUUAUUUUGACUUAACUGAGUCACUGAGUGGAUUUUAUACCGUUGUCCUGGGUUGGAGAUAAUUUGAGGACUUUUAUCUUCACUCAAGACCAUUCAGUUGCGACCAAGAAAGGAUUACCAUUGAGUGUUCUUUCGGCCUACUGAAGCGCCCGCGCCAAACCAUGCAAGCUAUGCUGGUAUUGUGUCGAUGAAGCGGUGUGGAAGCCAUGUAGCCGAUUGCCAUAACAUCAAGAUGAUACAUGGCGUUGUCAAUCAGUCAGUGUCAUUUCUGCGUUACCAUGGUAACGGGUGGAGAAAAGGAGCCAGUUUCUCCGGAUGUUUGGACCCAGGCAGGACCCUUUGAGACGCGGCUAUAUUAUUGCCUAUCGUGAUGGCGAUCUGGUGUCUGUUGAUCCCUCUGCUUGCAAUGAUAGGGGUGGGGCUUGGGAACUCGACCGGCGCCCCUGAAACGGCCUGCGUGGAUAUGACACCUAGGCACAAGGAUGUGGUUGCCAUGGAUACCGAAAGCCCUUACAGGCUGGAGAUUGAUGACUCAACGGUGUCGCCAGGGGGCGUAAUAACGGUUACCAUCACCGGCGGGAGGGCUCAAUUCCGCGGAUUCCUACUCCAGGCGCGAUGGGUUAAUGAUGACCAGAACCCCGCGGCAGUCGGGCUAUUUACUCCCAGCGAUCGAAGGAUGCAGACGUUAGCAUGCAACGGUCAAGAAAAUAGCGCCCUCACACACACCAACCGAGGGCAAAAGACAACUCUGGAAGCUGUCUGGAGGGCGCCCAGGAAUGUCCAGGGUCCCAUGCGUUUCAUAGCCACAGUUGUGAAGUCAUUGGAGGAAUAUUGGACGGAGAUCACGUCAGAUAUUGUAACCAUAGCGCCCACGCGCCCGGAUUUUACCACAGAGGUUUACCAAAGCACAGUCCGUAGCACUACGUCUUCCCGCGAAACUACCGCCGAGUCGACAACAGAUUAUAGCCCGACAACCACGGGCGAACUCUACCAAGAGACCGAGUCAACAAGUACUCAAGUUGACGGAAGUCAAACAAGUUCCCUGGGUGUUUCGACCGUUACAAACUCAAGUGUUUUAAACACAACGCCAUUAGGCGAAGAAACUGCUUCACCUAACAUGAUUACAACGUUAGUAAACGUUAGGCCUACGCACAACACUGGAACGUCAACUCCUUUUGAACGCUUAGAAACUACAUCAACCCAACCAGUACAAGUAACUCACUCAACAACUCCGCUUACUGCGACACUAGCCACGAUGCUUGGAACGGUUGAUACACCGUUGACAACAGUUGUUGAAUCAACAUCAACAGUUGAUUCAGAAGUGUCAUCGACUGUAACACAAGCUGUUGACGUCACGGGUGAAUCCACUAUGCACAACGGUACUGCUGCUAGCAACGAAACUCGAGUCGUAACCGAACUCUCCACAACGUCACAAAGUGAUUUCCACACGACCCAGCCUUUAAUGGAAAACACAACAACUAUACCGGCUUUCAGUGAUUUUGAAACGAGUACCUUAACUUUGGAGACACCAACACCUUCGCAAUAUGAAAACACCACGGUGUUAACUGUAAAUACCUCGUCGAUGGAAACGCCCACGUUGGAACCGUCGAACGAAUCAUCUACGCUAGAGAUACCAAAAUCCCCUGACCUGUCAACAGAAAUGACGUCAUCAGUGACACCGACUGAUAAUUCUUCACUAGUUGAUAGUACAUCUACUUCUGUUGGUCCAUCUACAACACUGUUAGACGCUACAUCAUCUCAAUUGCUGCCUCAUACAUCCACAACAGCGUCAACAUCCACAGAACCAUUAGACGAUUCGCCCACAACAUCCUACGAUGCAUCAACAUCUCAGCCUAAUACAUCCACAACACUCUCAGACGCCGCAACUGAACUGCAGCCUGACACAUCCACAACACCAUUACAAUCCACAGAAUCUUUAGUUGAUAUGUCUACAACGUCAUCAACAUCUGAAUCCGAUACAUCCACAACUUUGUCUACUGCAGUCCCGACACCGUCGAGUAAUACUUCGUCAGCUUCAACACCCUCGACACAAUCGACUACUGCACCAGUUGAAAUGUUCACGACACUACCGGUACGUAACGAUUCUUCUACUGCGCAUGUAAAUAUAUCCCAUUCACCCGACAGCGAUUUCGUCACGAACGCAACGGAGUCAACAGUAAUGACGUCAUUAGCCGAAACACUUUCUGUGGAAAACUCAACUGUGCAAAUAACGACACAAAAUACAACUGAGGAGAUCACAGUUCCACCGUUAGUUCCACAGACAACCAUGGAAAACAUCGGCGAAACGGAAUUGAUAUCCACAAGCGCAGCCCCAUCAAGUAGAUCAACAAGUGUGUCGGCGAUGAUCACGAGUGGAUCAACAAGUAGGCCUUUAUCCACAAAAACCACGAGUGGAUCAACCACUGAAUCUACAUCAACCGGGGCAUCCUUAACAACGAGUGCAUCCACCACCGAGUUUAGGGCAACCACGAGUGGAUCGACUACUGAAUUCACAACGGAGUCAAUAUCCACCACCCAAACUACCUUAUUGCAAUCGACAGAAGCAUCCACAACUCCCAUGGCGGCGACCAGCACUGCGCAGCAACAGCUGAAUCCCGAGGUAUCAACUGCCUACGUCAUCAGUGAGGAGGCAAAUGAGAUUCGAAUGCGAGUGAGAAUCGAGGGUAUUCCCUUCACAGAAGAUUUGAAUGAUCCAGCAUCGGAAUCGUUCAGGAGUAUAGCGCGGCAGGUCGAGCAAGAGAUAUCAGACUUGUACACGCGGGAAGGUGUGACGAUGGUUGACAGCGUCAAAGUGUUGAAAAUAACGCGAGGCAGCAUUGUCCCCGAGGUCCAGAUUCUAGCAUCGACAGACUUAGACGAGUCCACGAAGUCGGCUUGGCUUAGCGUCAUGUACAACGAAGUGCAAAACAGCGGGAGUUUGGGCAACUUUACCGUAUCCGACAUGUCAGCUGUCACAACUGAUGGUACUUUUGUCGAAGUCGACCCGUGUUUCUUACUGCCUUGCCCGGUGUCCAUGGUGUGUUACGUCUACCAGACUAACUGUUUCUCAAACUGUUACCUGAAUGACAACUACUGUCUGAAUGACGGAGUGUGUGAGGAACCCUCAGGAGAGAAGCAGUUGGCGUCUUGCAGGUGCGACACUAGACACGAGGGAGAUCGUUGCGAAGUUCGGAAGGACCCCGUAUCUCCCCCACCAACUGGAGAGGACAAUUCGAACUUGAUCAUAGCCGCUGUAUGGGGAUCCAUUGGGUCUGUUUGCUUCGUCUUAAUCAUCAUCUUCUCGACCUGGUUGGUGAGAUACAGGAGGCGGAAGCAGCGAUGGAGACACACAGCUAAGUUGAUGGGAAACAUUGAGACUGGCUCCCAGAAUCGGGCCCAGAUGGACAGCUACGCACGGCGACUCACAUCAAUCCGUGCGGGAGUCCUGAUCGACUUGGCCAACAUCAGCAUCAGCGGCAGCGAGGCAGAGAGCACGGAGGGUGGGCGGCAACGCUCCCGAACCACCUCACUCUCGGACGCGGAGUCCACGGAUCACCAGCCGCGGUUCAUAGACGGAGGGGUCCACAUCGGCGGUAUGCCGGACAUCCUGCAAGGCGCCUCCACCACGGAUUACGAGAUGGACUUCAUGAACAGACCCCUCAGCCAGAAGAGGAAAUCAGUCAGUUUUAAUGACGUCACCGAGAUGAUAGAUUUUGUGGCCACGGAGAAUUUCACCUUGGGCAACCCGGAGGGAGGGGAUGGUAACUUUCAGGUUCGGUGGGAUUUCCAAGUCGAUCGGUCGGAUUCGCGAGAGUCAAACUCGUGACGGUACGAGCCGUCGUCCUCGGUCCCUGCUACCCCUCCAGCUGACAGCUCAGCUGGGGUAGCCCCGCCCUCUUUGUCCGGUGAUGACCAAUCACCUGGUUACUCACUCACUGACACGUACUUCUAGAGAUUUUAUUUAGAGACGUCAAAUUUGCAGCUGUCUAUGUUUUAACAUUGUAAAAAGAAAUUGUAAAACAAAGAUAUUCUAUAGAGAUUCCUCCCGAAGAAAGUGUAGUACUAACAGAUAUCUAGACCUUUCUUAGAUUGCCAAUCAAUGAUUCGCACACCAUUGACGACCAUUGUUGUAUGGAAUGAAAGAAUAGUCUCAAGCAGUAUCAUUCGGCUUGAACAACCGAUAGAAAAUUUCAAAAACCGUAAGUUCCCCUCUUAUACUCUGAACACAAAAUGUUCGCUGACCACAAAAUGUUCCGGUUUGGAAAAAUCUGAUACGAAUCGGGGUUGACAUGACUGUAAACCAACAGCCUUUCAUACAACAUGGUGCAUAAAUUAUGUUUUGUGAUUCUUAUACGGUUUUGUAUUGCAACAUAGGCCAACGUAAUGUUUUCAUCGUGAAUUCUGACAUUCUUACCUUUUUAUUGUGAACAUAACAGCAGCACACAUCUCUUGAUCGUGAAGUAUAAGGUAUAAUUUCGUUAAAAAAAAACAAGGCAGGACAAAAGAGGUUACGGGGACCCGCGACGACGGCGUACCAGUUUCUUUCCGUCCAAUGAAGGUUUCCAGAGAGGGUAUCUCCAUAGUUGGAUCAGAUGAACUGCUCGAUUCCGCACGAACGCAUUACUGUUUGAAAACCAUACGAUUGACACCUCGCUCACGUUGAUGAUCCAAAUGCAGUUCAUAUAGCUUGUUCAACGGUUUCGUUUUGGAGGUACCUUCCCGCGUGAUAAUGAGACAACCAGUACACGCCUGAGCUGAGGGCGCUAUAUUCACAAUGUACAUUGGUGUCUGUCGCAUCUCCGACGCGUCAGUCCCAUUGGAAACUGUUCAUAAGCGCAUGCCAAAGAUAACGUGAUAUUCAUAAUUGACACAUACAUUCCAGAUGUUUGAUUGCUUUUGCAGAAACAUUUUUUUUUGUACUUGUUGCUGAUGUUAAUGUGUAAGAUAUAUGGUUUUCAAUAUUUCCAGCUGUCAAAAGUCACGUAUGCUCAAAUAAUUACUUAAGCAAACGGCAUCUUUAGAUAAUAAUUAUUUAAUGUUCACGCUUUGUCCAAAUUAUGAUUUCAAAUGUCCUAAAAAGCAUGCAAGUGGCUUGGAGUUUACUGUUACUGCAGGUUGCAUUUGUAAUUGAACUUGCAAACAUGGAGAAACACUGGACGAACCGCGAAAGCAAUUUUAAAUUUCGCGGACAAAAAGUGAGGACAAUUUGAUGGAAAUGUUCCAAAUAUGUUCAUCAAUCAUCAUACCAGUAGGUGAAUUAUGAGUUGGUAUGCGAGUCUCAUAUCUAGUAGUAUUACAUGUAGCUGUAAAAUGAAGAGUCAUCCAGGUUCAGUUAAAGUGUUUUGUUUUACCUAAAAGAAACCGAGUAUCUGUGGGAAGUUCGCUAUUCUUUUAAUGUCAUCCCAAUAAUGUUCAAUCAGUGAGUAAAGUUCCUCAUAAAAAUAACACGUGUACACAUACUUCUAAAGCAGAAUACUUCGUCGGCGUAAAAACUGCUUGUGCAACGCUCAAUAAUUACUGUUGAUUGUAAACUUGAAUAACUCGACUUCUUCGUGAUUUUCCGCCAUGCGUGUUGUCAUGUAGGCCUAAACCCUCAAAAUUGUUGCUGUCAUGCAUGCGUCCUUGAUGUAUGAACUCUUUUGGGUCAGCGAAAUCAACCACGUGAUCUGUAGACUCGUGGGACACCAACGUUUUUGGCCAUCAUGGUGGCUAUAGUUGGAAAUAAUUGCCACACUGUUUCAACAAAAACAGCGGCGUCCCUUUACAGUAUGUCCCAAAUUAGUGUCUGUCUGACUGUUUUUAAAAUAACUACAAAACUGCGAGGUCAAUUUUGAAAAGUGUUGGCCGUGCAGAUACUCCUUGGUCACAACCCCUGUGAGUUUGAUUUAAUUUCAGUCACGCCUCACUGCACAAUUGCCAGUUUGUGAUCACAACAACAAUUUUGGACGCAGUGACCAAGUUCCUUGCCUUAAUCAAUUUCAGUGCUUUGUUGUUAUGUAAGCUGUGCACAACCUCAUAUUUUCAACCACAUGGUUUUGUAGUUAUUUCAAAAAUAGUCAGGCCUCCACUUUUUUUGGAGGGAGGGGGACAUAUUGUCGUUCAUUGUUGUAUUCAUGGAUAUGUGUACAUCUACUUGAUGUUCUGAACUGUCCUUUCGAAUCAUCGUUACGAUACUCAAUGAUAAAAAAAUGUUACAAUGGCAAUUCAAGUACUGUCUCAACAUGAUGUAAAUAAUAAUUGUAUUCUGUAAUUUUAACAGCAACCAAAGAGUAAUUCAUUUAUGAAGUGUUUUGAUUUAUUAUUUGUACAAAGUAGCCAUUAACCUUGAUCAGUUAAUGAAUUCUUAAAUCUAUCCUAGACUUUUUUAAAAACUUAUACAUGAGGCAAUAAAAUAAAACCUUUUUAAUACGAGGCAGAUAUUUUAAACA